CGCGCGCGAGAGCGCGCGAGCAGGCACGUGGGGCCCCUUUCGUCCCCGGUGCCCGGGCGCCCCGCGCCAGCCCCCACCCCUGUCCCGGUACCCCAGCGGCGGCUUGUGUGGAGAAAGACCGAAACCCACCCCUACCGCCCCCCAAGUUGCGGCUCUGCUGAUGAUUUCUGGGAAGUGCUGGAAACAUGGCCGUAGAAAAAGAAUGGCGUCCAUUUACAUAAUGCUUUGUUUGCAUUUUGCAAGUUUUUUUCGGUUGAACCUGCAGAAACCCCUCCUAGUGUCGUUUUAGUCGUGGCAGUCUUGUCAGACAUUUAAGACAAUGGUGUGCCGAGUAGUGCUGUGUGUGUGUGUGGGGGGGUUCUUCCGAUUUUCCGUACACCGUUUAGGCUCCCGCUUCUGCCUUUUCCCCCGUUUCCCCGCUUGGUGCAGACGCCGCGCCCCGCUCUCUCCGGGGGCGGCCCCUCUCGGGCCCCGCCAUCUUGGAAGGCCUUUCUUGCCGGUUCGCCACAGCACGUUUUUCUCACUAAAGAAAGGUCGCUUGCGUGGCUUGUGUACGUUUAUUUCUAUCCCUUUCUCUUUACUUCGGCUAAGCCAGACAGUAAAGGCACCCAGACAGAUGUGUGCGCAACGUGCUUCAGGAUCCCUCAGGGAAAGCGGCUAACGUGGCGGUCCCUCCGCCCCCCUUUCUUCCCCACGGGGUGGCCGCCAUGUUUCCAGAACACAAAAUGGCGACACGUGGCCUGGAUUCUUCGCCAACGAGAAACUGGGGUAGACCCGAAAGCUCCAGAAUGCUCCCAGCCCCCAUCCCGUGCUUCUUGGCUGGAGCCUUACCCUCGCAGCGAUUGCUCUGGCCACCCUGGUCCAAACCUCGGCUGCUGAAUUUUAAUGCAUUUCCCCCCAUUAAUUUAAAAUGGAAACGUUUAUAACUGUAAAAUGUAGGCAUAAUACUGAGUUGUUAGUUUUAAAUUUAAUGAGUAAUGGGGGGCAGUACCAGUGGAUAAUUUGGGCCCCCAGUACCGAAGCAUCUAGGAAUAGUUGCUUUAAGAAAUGAAAUGGGAAAUUACUGAUUUGCUAGACUUUUAGCACAGGAGAGACCAAGAACUGGUCUUAUAAAAAAACUUAAAAAAAGUUUCUAUGAAGCAAUUCAGAUACCAGUGACCUUUUUUGGAGGCCAGCUGGCUGGUGAACCUCAGUUUACCCACAACUGGUGUUAACUUUUAGUGUAGAGGAACAGAGACAGAUGUUAUUGUGCAUUUACCAGUGCCAGAUGCUGUGCUAGCAUUUUACUGCAUACUAUCUUGAAUUUUUACAAUGAUCUGAGGUAGGUGUUACCUCUCUCUCUUUUUUUUAACAGACGAAUUCACUUAGGCCCAGAGAGAUGAAGUGACUAAUUCAAGGUCACACAGUGUGGAGGAUGGAAUCCAGACCUUCUGAUUUCCUUAUUGACCUGCAGUAUCUUGUGGAUAUAUGAGUGAAUUCCACACCACCCAUUUUACAGAUGAAGCCACUGAGAUAUGGAACAAUUGACUAAACAGUCACUGCCCCACCCCUGGAGCCUCCUGCAUGACUCUUCUCCCAUUUGAAUGACUGCAGAUAGGCUCCACACCCAACAUGGGACUUGAACUCACUACCCUGAGUUCAAGAGUUGCAUGCUCUACCAACUGAGCCAGCCAGGCACUCCAUCCAGCACUCUUGUUUCUUACCAUUAUACUGUACCAUCAUCAUGGACUGAGGGAAGAGAUUGGGCAUGAACUGUAUUUUGUCCAACAUGAGAGAAUGAUAGACUCUUGGAGUUGGAAAGGGCCUUUGCAGUAAUAGUCAAUCUCCUUGUCUCCUGUCUGCCAUCCAUUUACAGGAAUGCUUUCCAUUAUCCCCCUGACAGAUGAUCACCCAAGGUCUUUUUGAAUGUUUCCAUUGCUGGGGAGCUCAUCACUUCUUGAGGAAUCCCAUUAUAUGUUGAGUAGCUCUCUUUGGUGAAAAGUGGUCUUGUCACUAUAAUAUGGUAGUUGAGAGUGUGACUCUGAUAGAUGUGAUGUGAUACGGUAUGUGACUCUGGAGCCAGCCUACGGGGGCCUGAAUUCUGACUCAGCCGUAACUGUGUGGCCUUGGAGGGAGAUACAAAGAGGGAAGACAUCUGUGUGAAGAUGGAAGCAGAGAUUGGAGUUGUGCUGCCGCAAACCAAGGAAUGUCAAGAAUUACUGGCAACUACCAGAAGCUGGAAGAGGCAAAGAAAGAUUCUUCCCUGGAGCCUUCACAGGGAGCAUGGCUCUGCUGAAACCUUGAUUUUGGACUUCUAGCCUGCAGAACUAUAAGGAAACAGGCCCAGAGAGAUCAGAUACUUUGAGAUCUGUCUAGGCCACUGCUCUGCUGGCUGUGCACUUACUCUGAAGUUCCUGAUGUUGCAGUUGUCAGCUCGGCACCUUCACCAUGGCUGUCACACCUUCUGGUAGUGCUGGGACUGAGCUGUUGGAAUGGCUCCUUCCCUAACACAGCAGGCCACAGCCUUUCCCCAUUCUUGCCCAUUUCAUGCCCUAAAGCAGAAACUCCUCUCAGAGGCUUCUGGCUGUAAUCUGAUCAUUUCAGCAGAUUGCUUCAUGACCCCACUCUUCCAGGUGAAAUCAGGCUUUUAUUUUUCAUUUCCAUGCAAUGUCAGAGAAAUGUGGGUAACGGUUGUGGGGAGGGUCACUUAGCUUCUUCUGGCAAUUAUUUUUAUGUUUCCCAUUUUUGGCCUGCUAUACUUCCUAGAAUUUCUGUCAGUAGACAACUCAAGUCGUGGUUGUUUUUGGAGCUUCAGGAUGUCACACACAGCUCACGUCACACAUAUCACAGUUCAUGGCUGUGAGCAGAGAAGGAGCAGCAUCAUGACUGCAUUGACUCUGAGGGCCCUGGUCACCUGUUCUUGAUAAGCCCAACACACCACAGUGGCUCUCUUCUCUGCCAAAGAAUAUUAAGAUCUCACAGAAUAUGGUGUUUGGUAGAGCACAGUUUUGGAAAAUAUGCGGCUUUAUCCUAAAGGAAUGGACAUCAAAUGGAGGAAUUCCAGGUGAAGAUGGGGAAGCCAAGGCACGGAGCUGUGAAGUACCCAGUCCAAGGUUCCCAUGGUGGCAGUCUAGGCUUGAUCUCCAGAUAUGCUCAUGACAGUUUAACCAAAGGCUCUUUCAUUCUAUAGGCUGGACUGCUUGGGUGACAGAUUCGCUUAAAUAUGAGAGCAGACCUGAUCACUCAGGAGGACAAGGAGGAGCUGAGUGCCUGUUGUUAUGUAUUUACCAGCAUACCACUGGGCAGAUUGCCUUAGGCUGAGGAGUGACCAGAGACCAGAUUGGACUCUUUGGAAAGAUUUCCAGAAGAGGGAGGGAAUCAUCGAUGGAAAGAAGCUUCCAUCAGUGGAGGGACUAGGGGCGGUAAAUAAAAAUGUUUGAAUGCCACUGUUCAGCAGCUACAGACGGAAUCACCAGGCCUGAUAUUCCAAGUCUGGAGGAGAGAGUGACCACUGAGGAAGAGCAGGGUAAAGAGAAUAUAUUCUCAGAAUGUAUAUGGAAGAAAAUUAAGAUCAUUCAUGAGCCUACCACCCCAAAUAAUAUAGGUUGAUUUCCAUGGGAUGAGUUGCCCAAUGCUCCUUGGACCACUGUCUUGCCCACCUUCCACACUCAUCUCUGGAUUCGGGACAUCUGUGUCUGAGCCUGUCUCCCCAGCUCACCUGAGCACUGUGUGAGGGUAGGGCCCCGCUGAUUCAUCUCAAUGUGAGGCACAGUUGGCCUCAAGAAAUAUGUAUGGAAUUGACUCAACCCACUUAUUUGGCAUUACCCAUUCCCAUCUGUGCUGCAGACUUGCCUUACACUAAUUUAUAGCCAGCAGCAUUGUGUCUGGCACACAGUAGGUGCUCAAUAAAUGUUUGUUACUGCUACUCCCAAUAACUUGGGGAUUUCUGUACAUGUUAGGGCUCUGCUGUUUUUCCUCCUUCCCUUUCCCACCUCCCCCCACUUCUUCCAGAUGGUAAAGAAAUGACACCACUUUGACAUGCCAGAGGGAAGGUGCCCCAGCUUUGUCUCUGUCUUCUGUAAGUUAGGAGCAAAGCUAAGUUGGCAGUGGAUUCACAAGAAGCAGCUCCCUGCUCUGAGGGUAUUUUAUAUGUUUGCAUUGCUCACAAUACCAGUUAUCAUUAGCAGCAAUUAAAACUAUUUCAGGAUCAGUUCAAAGCUGCCUUUGAGGUAUUUUAAGUUGGACCAAAGUCUCCAUGUGUCUAGCUCUAAGCCAAGUUUCCUGGUGUCAUUAGAAGCCCACUUGUAUUUGGAGAAUACCCAAUCUGUAUAUUUUGAUUGCCUGAAUGUUUCAUAAAUUUCAGGGGUGUUUGCCACAAGUGGGUCAGUGUCCCCAGAGCUGUUGAGACUGUCUUACAAGUCCCACUCCCACCCUCAAUUAAGUGAAGGGGACCAUGGAGAUGGGAGAGGAGGAGGGGGUCUGCCGGGCCCCUCUGGCCAGGCGGAACCCCUGGGCUCAGAGGGAGGGUAGCAGAAAUCAGAGCAGGAAGAGAUGAGGGCUUGGUCUAGGGUGGGGGCAUCAGGGCUUGGGAAGAAGGUGGGAACCCACUUGGAGGGCAGGCUGUGGGGAGGGGAGAAGGGAGGCCUUCAGAACACCUUAAGUGAUAUUCAUAUUUGCUUGAAAGAUAAACAUAGGGAAAGAACCACUUUUGGCCUAUUGAACUUGUAGGGAGUUAGUCAGUAAUGUGUUCUGACUCUUGGUUGGCCAUGGCCCUGACCCCAGGCCUGGAGGACUGGCAGUAGCACUGAGGCCUGAGAUCACUGUUCCCGAAACACUUCCAGGACCCUUUGGGACCCUCCAGGGCCACGAUUGGCACCAGGCAUCUUGCUGCCUGCUGACAGAGUAGGUUCAGCUGGUGGGCUGUGCUGGGCGGUUUUCUGGUAGAAGGGUUCUGAACUGAUGGUAAAGGAGGGUGAGGGCAAUCCAAAUGGGCAAAGAGAGGUUCUGGAACAGUGGAGAACUAGGGAAGGGCCUCACGGGCAGAAGUGCCUGUUCGGUCAGGGCAGUGGCAGGGACCAAGAAGGAGGACCAGUUAAGGAAAAGCUAUCUCUGCUAAGUGUCUUUAGCCAUGACUGUUGUGAGGACUGGGUACUUCCUGCUUGGGAACGGCAGUGCUGGUAGUCUGAGGCUUUGUGGCUUGAGAAUAGGGAACCUGCUGGUGCCUUGGGUUUCCCCACACGUGUUGCUUUGGUCAGAGCCCACCAGCCGCACCUUGGUCUCUGAUCUGAAUCCGUAAUUAGAUUUUUGUGCAGAAUUCACCUCUUUGCCCUUCUUUUCAGCUUGAAGACCCAAUGCCAGGCCCCACUGAAGCAGAACGUCAGAACCAGCUGUGGCUCCUGCUCCUAGGAGCUGUACCAUCAACCCUACACACCCAUGCACCCGCACCAGCCCCGGGACGGGGCCUCAGCACAGGCAGUGGGGGAUUGCGCAGGAGGGGGGCCGGCAGUGAGGGCCUUGCUCAUGGUGGUGAGUGCCCAGAGAGGGGAGGAGGGGAGGCCCCUGUGUCCUUGGCCCCGCACAGUCGAGGGGAGAUGGCAGGAUGACCCACUUUCAGAGCGGCAUGGCUGUGACUGGGAUUGCUUCACAUGGUCAGUCUGCAUAUACAUGUCCAUCUUAAACUCUUCAAAACGGGCUGUUAAACAUCUGUAUCCUGUUUUCAUUAGCUUGUAAGCCAUGGUGAUGGGGACCUGCCUAGUUCUCUGAGCCAACAAGUGUGCCCAGAGGCUAAUAAACAGCAGGUGCCUCCAAUAAAUCUGAUUUUAAUACUCAGUGUAAAUGUGUGUGCAAAUACAUCUGAGAAAUGAAAGGUGGGAGCUGAAUUCUAUAUGCAAGUUACACAAUUUCAUAGCCAUUUUGAACUGAGAACUGUAGUGUGACUGUGCAUGGGUGGUAUAGGGUUUACAUGUACAGGAGGUGUGUGCAGCGUGCAGGGAGGACAGCCUAUAUGAGUGUGGUGCGAAGGGGUAUGUGCGUGUGUGGAUGGGGAUGGGGAUGUGGAAGAGAAGUCCCCAUCAAACCAGGUGGAGACAACACCAGCUAUGUACUUUAUAGGGCCUGGGUCAGAAUGAAAGCAUGGGAUCCCUCGUUCAAAUUUAUUGGGAAUUUCAGGAUAGUGCAGCGCCAAAGCCAGGUUGGCCUUUCUGAGUGCAGAGCCCCACGUGAUGUCAUACGCUAAACACCCACGGAGCCUGCCCAGGCUGGAGAAUGUGGACCUCUGGUCUCCCCUCAGCCUUCCCGUGCUGCCCUGGUAAAUCCUUGAAUCCCUUUGCUCUCUCCCCAUCCAGGUCUCAGGGUGACCCUGAUUUGGAGGAUGGGGGUGCUAGCCAGAGGCAGCCUGGAGAGGAGCUGCAACUGGUGGCCCGUGCAUCUCCUAAUCCUCCUUACAUUUCAGUUGGAACCUCAUCACGGGCACCAUAAGGAGACGGAGUUAUAAAUGAACCAGCACACCACACUGCAACAUGUGCUCAGCCGGGAGAAUGUGGACUGCAGAGGAGAAGGCUCCAUAGAGGGGAUGACAUUUGAAGGAGGUCAUGAAAGUGGGUCCCCCCAACAGCCCCAGUCUCUCUACACAGGCCCAAGUCAGGCUCCAACUCUGGGUCUCACAGAUCUGCCUUCUGGGAAUCCAUGGGGUGGCCCAAGGCAGCCUGCACUCCCCAGCAGGAGGUCACACAGCCAACUUCAUCCAAAGCCUUCCAGUACCUCACCACUGGCUUUGCCAACAUGGCGGACAUUUCCCCUUCUCAGAACAUAAGGGAGUGAGAUUCCCUGGCUGCUCUUUCCAUGAAUGAGCACAGAACGAGGGGGGUGGGGAGGGAGGGCUGCAGAGCUUGAGGAAGGGGCUCUUGGAAGGUUCCUGGAGGGUGAGAGGGAACAGGAGGGGAGGAGACGACAUCGGUGGCUCAGAGGUUGGGGCCCACCCAGUGCUGGAGCCCAUCUGGAUCCUGACGUACACUCCCAGAAGUUCAGAGUUGGCACCAACCCACUUCAAGGCCUUAAUGAGGGUGCUCUGGCCUAGGCCUGCCCCCUCCCCCCUCCCCUCCAAGUGCUGACUUUGAAUUAGAUGUGAUCAACGAGGGAAAAAUGACUGUAGCAAUCAAGUUCAUGGUAAAUGCUUGUGUGUGUGUGUGUGUGUGUGUGUGUCCCCUCACUUAAACAAUUUCUGUGCAUUCUUGAUUCUGGGACUAUCCUCUGUCUUUCCCUCUAGAGAAUCUUAUGGGAUUCCAUACUUGGUUUAGAAUGUAUGAGAAACACCUACCCCAGGCCUUGCACAUAGUAAGAGCGUAGUGAAUGUAUGCUCCUUUUCCUUAGCACUCAAAGUGGCCACUGGGGGUUGAGGGCAAAGGGGCUUCCCCAGGCUAGAAGCUGAUGGGCCUUUGGUCCUUGCCUUCCCCUUCCUUCUCUAGCUGAUGACAGACACCUGGAUGUCAUAACAUACUCUGUGUCCUCAUCUGUUAUUCUCGGACACAGGCUAAACCCUCUGGGGAGGGUACUGAGUGGGUCCCCUCUGACUGGGGCUGGACUUUCUUGCACCGUGGGCUGGCCUGUACCAGUCCCAGGGAUAGAUGCAGAAGGGUGAGGCACUGAUCCUGCUCGUUGGGCAGGAUGCUGGUAGGAGGGCGGGCUGAGCAAGGGCGGGGCUUCCAGAACAAAGGAGAAUGGGGAGCCCUGGGGGCCUAGGCUAGGCAUCAAAAAGGCUCUGCAGAGUGAGCAGGCCAUAGCAGCUGCCUGUCUCUGUGCCCAGCAGUCAGUCAGACAACCUGCGCCGGGCCCCUUCCACCUGCCCCAGACGGGCAGCAAACAACACUCAGAGAGGCCUUGUUCUCCAGCGUGAUUGCGCCCACACUGCUCUGUGGUUUGCUCUACUUGGCGUGGGUUGCUGCUGCAGUUCCAGAGGAGGGCAGAGGGAUGGCGGGGAGUGGAGCCAGGAGCCAGGAGGGCCGUCGGGAGCAUGCAUUGAUCCCGGAGCCCUUUGAUGGGAUGAAUGUAGCCCCAUACCUCUGGCUGCACCGCUUUGAAGUCAUCAACGAUCUCAACCACUGGGACCAUGCCACCAAACUAAGGUUUCUGAAAGAGUCCCUCAGGGGAGAUGCCCUGGAGCUCUACAGUAGACUCAGCCCCAAGGACCAGGAAGACUAUGGGACUGUGAGAGAGACCCUCCUGCAGGCCUUCGGGGGGCCCGAGGCCGCCCCCAGCCACCUGCCCAAGGAGAUCGUCUUUGCCAACAGCAUGGGUAAGGGCUACUACCUCAAGGGGAAAAUUGGCAAAGUGCCCGUGAGGUUCCUGGUGGACUCCGGGGCCCAGGUCUCUGUGGUCCAUCCCAGCUUGUGGGAGGAGGUCACGGAUGGUGACUUGGACACCCUGCGGCCCUUUGAGAAUGUGGUAAAAGUGGCCAAUGGGGCUGAAAUGAAGAUCCUGGGCAUCUGGGAUACAGUGGUGUCCCUGGGUAAGCUGAAGCUAAAGGCAGAGUUCCUAGUGGCCAAUGCCAGUGCUGAAGAAGCCAUCAUUGGUACUGACGUGCUCCAGGACCACAAUGCCGUCCUGGACUUCGAGCAUCGCACGUGCACCCUGAAGGGGAAGAAGUUCCGCCUCCUGCCUGUUGGAGGGUCCCUGGAAGAUGAGUUCGACCUGGAGCUCAUAGAGGAGGAGCCCUCCUUGGGAGUGGGGGAACAGGAGCUGUCCUACUGAGAAGCCCCCUUUUCUUUACCCCCCAAACAUGGUGGGAAGACCCACCACAGUGGAGGGGAAGGGCAAAUAUCCUCAGGGAUCACUGGGUUUUGCCACCUCUCUGGAACCAACUCUGGCCUCCUCCUCUCCCUCCUUCUCCAUCUGCAGGGGCCUUCCUCUGUCCCUGGUCAGGGAGGCUGCCAUCUGAAAAGGCACAGGUGAGGGAGAAUAGGCUGGCUAUCUCAGAGGAAGGGAGAGUCCUCAUGGGUGGUCAAGCUGCUAUUGGUGGCAAAGAUUUAAGGCUGGAAGGUUCUGAGAAGGCUAGAAAUGGCUGUCUUUCAGAGAGGACUGAGGUACCUCUUCAGAUCCCCUGAGAUCUGGCUCAGUCACCUCCAUGCAGUCCUUCUCAGUUGGGCUGGGUCCUGCCUGCAGGGUCCUCACAAGCAAGACCCACUCUUGCAGGUGAGGGUCAGAGCUGCUCUGGAGUCUUCCCUGUUGGGUCUUCCCACCUCCCUGUAUGAUGUAGUUUCCUUCUGUCAUUUGCUUUGAAACUCAUUGAGCCUUAUGCCAAUAAUUCAUUCUUCAAAAACCAAUAAAAACUGACUCAUGGAAAAA